AUGUCCCUGGACCCCGUGAUGCCCCCCUACAACGCCUCCGACCACCACGCCAGCUUCCUGUCCUCCUCGUGCCUCGACUUCCUGCUCAUCGAGCUCGUGCCCCUCGCCCACCGCGUCGCCAGCAGCCGAGGCGCGUCCCGCAGCCUGCCGGGCCCGCCGCCCGCCGAAGCUGCCGCGAAACCGCGCCCGGCCGCCGCACCUUCGGACUCGGCCCACCCCUCCAGCUCCGGGGGGAAUCGCAAACUCGACGACGACGAGGACCUCGACGCCGUGCACCUGAGGCUGGAGUCGCUGGGGUACCGCGUCGGGCAGGGCCUGGUGGAGAGGUUCUCGAGAGACAGGCCCCGCUUCAACGACACGCUCGAGGUGAUCAAGUUUCUCUGCAAGGACCUCUGGUCGCUGGUCUUUGGGAAGAACAUUGACAACUUGAAAACGAAUCACCGCGGAGUCUACGUCUUGACGGACAAUGCGUUCCGGCCUUUUUCGCGAAUGAGCACCGAUGCAGGUGGUCAAGCAGUCGUGCGGGCGCAGCCGUUUCUUUGGUUCCCUUGCGGAAUAGUGCGGGGGGCAUUGGCAGCGCUUGGUACAAGUGCAACCGUCGAGGCUGAGAUAAACGAUCUUCCCGGCGCCGUCUUCCAGAUCAAGGCCCUGGGGCCCAAGCCAUAG